GACAACGGUGCUGAAAUCUGGACUUGGAAUCGAGGAGAGAUGAGCAACCCUCAGCCCUUAGAGGAGGAAAAAUAUGAUAUGUCGGGCUCCCGUCUGUCCCUGACACUGUGUGUCACCAAAGCCCGGAAGGGUUCUGAGGAAGACAUGGAUGCCCUGAAACGCAUGUUCCAUCACCUAAAAUUUGAAAGCACCAUGAAAUCAAACCCCACUGCUGAGCAAUUCCUGGAAGAGUUGGACAAAUUUCAGCAGACCAUAGAUGACUGGGAAGAGCCUGUCAGCUGUGCCUUCGUGGUGCUCAUGGCACAUGGCGAGGAAGGCCUCCUCGAGGGAGAAGAUGAGAAGAUGGUCAGGCUGGAGGACCUUUUUGAGGUCUUGAACAACAAGAACUGCAAGGCCCUGAGAGGCAAGCCCAAAGUGUACAUCAUUCAGGCCUGCAGAGGAGAGCACAGAGACCUCGGUGAAGAAAUGGGUGGAGAUCAGGUUGCUAUGAUCAGGAAGAACCAUCCCCAAACCAUCCCAACCUAUACGGAUACCAUGCACAUCUACUCCACAGUAGAGGGCCACCUCUCCUAUAGACAUGAGGAUAACGGCUCCGGCUUCAUACAGACCCUGACAGAUGUGUUCAUAAACAAAAGAGGCCCCAUCACAGAGCUGCUGGAAGAGGUAACCCGACGUAUGGCAGACACGGAGGUGAUUCAAGAAGGGAAACCAAGGAAAGUGAACCCCGAAGUCCAAAGCACCCUCCGGAAGCAACUCAUCCUGCAAUAAAACAGCGGGCAGUGACAGCGCUCCUCCUGCAGGUGCUCUCUCUGCCCCACAGAUGUUUAGAGACAGCGACGACACCUCGAAGAUUGCUGCUGGACUCCUCUCUUCUCUUCGUCACACCCCUUUAUCCAUGUCUUUCUUUAGAACAACCAGCCAAAACAGAGCACAUAUUAACGGCAACAUUAACAUCGCCUUCCUCAGGCUGGACUCCCUACGUCCGUUACCGCAGCCUCAGAUUGCCUUCAGAUAGCUAACUUUCUGCUCCUUCUGCCAUACUAAGCCUUCCUCU